GGUAACGAGGGUCUCUGAUGACAUUUCGUCUUUCUUUAAAAUGGACUAAAAAGGAAAUUCUGUCACAAAGACAGAAAUAAAAAAGAGUGUUUUUUUUUAUGUUUAUUACAGGGAGAGGAACAAUAAGUAUAGCAGAAGAAGAUGAGAAGAAGUCCUUCAACUUGGAGCAUGGUGAUAUACUCAAUAUUUCUGCUGGUUCAACAGUCUACUUCAUCAACAAAGAUAACAAAGAGAAGUUCUCCGUUUACGUGCUAGCCAAGUCUGUUAAUGUCCCUGGACAAUUUCAGGAAUUCUUUAGUGCCGGAGGUGAAAAUGCAGAAACCUUCUACAGAGCUUUCAGCAGUGAUAUCCUGGAGACCGCUUUCAAUACCCCAAGGGACAGGUUAGAGAGGCUAUUUGGACAACAAAAGCAGGGGAUAGUAAUCAAAGCCAGUGAAGAACAAAUUAGAGCAAUAAGCCAACACGCUUCAUGCUCCAUUAAGGAAAAGAAAGGUGAAACGGGAGGUCCUUUCAGUGUGUUGAAGGAACGCACAUUAAUUGGUAACAGAUUUGGACAAUACUUUGAAGCAACCCCAGAUAGAUUCCAACAGUUGAGGGAUUUGGAUGUAGCUGUUGGUAUCAUGAACAUCAACCAAGGUGGAAUGAUAUUACCAGUCUAUUGUACAAGGGCUACAUGGUUGGUAAUGGUUGCACAAGGAAAUGGCCGGCUUGAAAUGGUUAGUAGCCGACGCCAUCAGAGACAAGGCCAUAAGGUGGUACGAGGUUGUCUAUCAGUUGGUGAUUUUUUCGUAAUCCCAGCAGGACAUCCUAUUACGGUUGUCGCCACAGGAGAUUCAAAUCUAAGAAUGGUUGGUUUUGGAAUUAAUGGCCAUAACAGCAGAUUGAACUUCCUUGCUGGUCAACAAAGCAUAUGGAGAAAUGUUGACAGAGGAGCAAAAGAAAUGUCAUUCAACAUGCCAGCAAGGGAGGUUGAAGAAAUAUUUCAGAAUCAAAAUGAGUCAUAUUUUGUUGCAGCACCAAAAGGCGGAGGAAGAAGGGGACAACAAUAUGUGUCUUCAAUUUUGGACUUAGUGUUCUAAGUUGUAGAAUAUCCUUGCGAGAGCUUUGUGAGUAAAUAAAGAAAGGCUCCAAGAGUUGGUUUUUUUGUUUCUUCUC